UAAAGGGCCAAGAAAAAUUAGUUCUUCUAAUUUGACAGUUGAGAUGGUAUCUUCAAUGUAAUCUUUGAUGAGAUGAGGUUUGCUGUCCUCAUUGUUGCGAUAGUAAAUGAAAACAUAGGAACAGUUGUUUUCGCUGACAGGGCGUAGUGUAGUUAUGAUUGUUCAUCAGCUUUGUGAGAUUAGUUGCUAACUUGCGUAAUACACGGUGUUAUUGUACCUGUUUCGCCUUAUCAGUGUCGUAGAAAUGGUGCAGUUUUUUAUAGCAAUGAAGUUACUGCAUUGUUUCCAUUUUCAACGGACAAGAUGUUUAAUAUUAGACAGACAGUUUGAAGUCUUUUAUUAAUCUGCAAAGAGAAGAAAUUAUCCAAAUGCUGUAUAUUGUUAUGGCCGACUGGAAAUGUGUGCGACAGGAGCGUGCCGAACAUUUUUUCUGUAAAUGUAUCGCCUGCAAAAGGUGGAAACAUAACUGUAGAUAACCACAGAAAUAUGAGCUGGCUUCGCAGUAGCCCUCUGCGGGCUAGCUUUAGCAAGCGGAGACAGUCCAAUUCUCCUCCUAAGGACUGUGAUCCUGUUGCAUGCUAUGAUACUUUCUGUAAGCAUUGGCAGCAGGUUGCUGAUAUCAUUGAACGUACACAGCCACCAUCUCCAUGCCCAUCUCAGGAUGAUGUGGUCAGUGUUGUCAAUCAUUUGGCCCAGAUGGCAACAUUAUUAAUGCUUGAGAUGCAGUCCCCAUCUCCUCCAGUUUCCAGUUGUGCAGAGCGCAUAUCAUCUCUCUCUUGCCUGGAAUACCUACUGUCACAGAAUUUAUUGAAUAAACUUUACACCUGGAGCUUAAGUGCUGGGAGGUAUGGUUCAACCCUCCGUCUGGAGCAGCUGAAACUAUAUGAGUUGCUGGCUGGCUGCUCUGGGGAACGAACUCACGGGCGAAGUUUGCUGGCUAAUGAAGCAUUUUUGCGACCAUUGCUAGAAUUACUGACAGCAUGUGCUGGUGAAUGCUUUCCUGGUGAAGUUGAGAAUCGUAUUGUUGUUCUGCUUAAUCAGCUGUGUGUGUCUCUUGUUCACGACACUGAUCUCAUGCAAAAGUUCUUCUCAUCUAGUCCAGAAUCUGAGGGAUCCAGGUUUGUUGUCUUUGCCCUGCUGAUACCAUUUGUGCACCGUGAAGGAGGUCUUGGCCAGCAAGCUCGUGAUGCCCUGUUGCUGUGCAUGGCAUUGUCAGCAACUGAUGAUAGUGUUGCCUCAUACAUCUCGACUCGUUCAAAUGUUUGUCCGGUGCUGGCAACAGGUCUCAGUGGCUUGUACUCACGCCUGCCACGUAAAUUGCUGGUUGCAACUGAUGACUGGCAUCGUCUAACGCCUGACGAUGUUGAUGCCUUGCCAGAGCUGUCGGCAUUCCUCAAUUCAGUUGAAUUCUGUAAUGCUGUUGUACAAGUUGCUCACCCAACAGUAGGAGCACAGCUCCUUGAAUUCUUACAGCAAGGUUUCCUUGUACCUGUUCUAGGUCCUGCAUUAUUACAGGUAAGGAGCUCUCCUGAAGAGUUGGUUGCCGCAACAGCCUAUUUGGACUUGUGCCUGCGUAGUGCCACAGAACCUGGUUUACUGAGAGCUCUGAUCCACUUUCUGCUGAAGCAUGAAUAUGAUGGAUCCCGUCUCCUUGAUAGUCUUGUGGCAAGAAUUGCAUCACCUUCUCCUCGGUUGUGCCUUGUGACUGUUGCACUCUUCGAGACAUUGGCUGAUUUUGACUGUGAAGACAUCAUGCUAGAGCUCGUGUUGCGUCAUUUGGUUCCAUGCCACCAUGUGAUGGUAUCUCAAAGGGUCCGAAUACGUGAUCUUGCUCCAUACUGCCAGAGUGCUGUUCGUUUCCUGUCACUUUCACCAGCAGCUCUGCGAGGAGGUAUAGGAGUCAGUGCCAGGAAUGAUGGACCUCCUUCGUUGCCAGUUCCCCAGAGGCCAAGACACCGACCUCGUCUUAGUCUCGGUGGUCAGGAGCGUGAUGGUCCUCGUUCCCUACCACCUACUACACCACCUAGUUUGUAUGGUGAUUAUGGAGCAUAUCUCCGUGAUGCUAGACGCAGGGUAUUAGCAUGUAGGGCAGCUUGCAGAACCUGGUCUCAUGCUUAUGAUGGGGAGGACCCACCACGGGACAGAGUGGGACCUACUGAUGGACAAGUGGAUUGUGAAGCUUCAUUACCUGUAGAUUUAAAUGGGAAGGUAGACUAUGAUUCCAGUGCAAAGUCUGAAGUUGACAGGUUGCAUGAUGAGAGAGAUGUUAAAAAUGCAGAUAUAAAUUCUGUAGCAGAGUGCACAUUGCAGACGGAUGACAAGGGUUUAUCACAAGUUGAAUACACUCAAGAAACAUCCAACAGCAUAGAAGCUUCCUCUAGUGAUAAACAUAGAGCGAUACAGAUUGAACCAAAGGCUGAACUUCCUCACUCUGUCAGUGCAGAACUUUCUUCUCAGUCACCAUCAGCAGAAAACAUGAAGCUGAAUGGUACAUUGGAAGCAGUCAGGAAGUCUGUCUCGGAACCAAGAAUUCUAUCAAGGGCAUUGUCGGUGACUACUGGACCACCAGAUAUUGGUCCAUUCCUUGACACUUUACUACGAAAACUGGAAACACUGCCAUCAAAUGGCCUGUAUGUGAACCUGCAUUUGACAGGCCUGGUUUCUCGCCUUGCUGUCUAUCCACAGCCACUGCUGCAUUCAUUCUUAUUGAAUCAUUCACUCGUUUUUCAACCCAGCGUUCGAUCACUGUUUCAGGUUCUGGGGUCAUUGAAGCAUCGGCUGGAUGCAACCCUGUCUCGAGCUCCUGGCCGUGCAGAGCAGUUGGUAACUGAUGCAAGAGAUUUCUUACUGGCUCGUGAAGAACGCCUCGCCAAUGCCCGACGUGCUGUUGUGGCUACAGCUGGCUCAUCACCUGAUCCAUCUGGCAAUAAUUUUAUCAGGGGAGAGAGCAAAAGGCGAAGCUUCACAUCUACAUUAUCAUCAGUAUUCCGUCGAGCUGGUGUUUCAGUCCCUGUACAUAGCCUAAGUAACCAGAUCUCAGAGACACCAGAUGGGCGCCCUAUGAAUAAUAGCAGCCAGCGUUCAAGCCCUCGUAACAGUUGGCUGGAAACUGGAGAAGUACGCUCAGCAGCCAUGUGUGCAGUGUUGUUAGAUGAAUGGCUGAAAGAAUUGGCAGCAAUAACACAGGAACAGGCUUUGGCAGGCCUUGCACCAGAUGUUAUUGAUACACCAUUGGAUGGCGCCGUGUGGUGAAAAUGCAAUCAGACGUUAAUGGAGAAGGAAGCUUGCCAUGUGAAACAAAAUAUGUAAGGUGCUGAUUAUUUGCUGUAUUUUAAAAUGUUUAUGAAUGUUAAGUACCUUCUGGCAGAAUAUUUAUUUCUACAAGUGAUAAAGUUGAUAUUAAAGAUGACAAAGUAAAUGUACAGGUUAUUCUAAUUUAAAACUGAUUAACUGCUCAUAAAAAUGUAUAUUAUAUUAUGUGAUAUGCUAUAAUAAUUUUAAAAUAAACAACUCAUCCUUUGUAGAAUAUCGUUA